CACAGAACACACUGAAGUUAUUAGAACAGGGUAGCGGAGAGGUGUGCGUGAGAGUCUAUCAUGACAGAGGAUAUGUUCCAAAUGGCGCAAAUUGAAAAACGGAUGCACCUGCAGAGCAUUUAAAAGUAUAAGCACAUUGGCCUAACGCAUGGCUGGGCACAUUCUGCAGCUAGGGUUGAGCUCUAUUCAGAUCGGAUGUGGGUAAGGAGAUAUUUCUCUCCAAUGCGCGACGCCCUCACUCGCUCUCUGAUCCUGAGUGCAAUUUACACACUGAGCGCAUAUAGUAGGAGGAUUUCGCUCCUGGCAGUCGCAGUUUCCACAACAGCGGAGUAGGCGCGCACAACUCGCCUGGGAUGAGUUGGCAGUUUACACUACUUGAACUUUACUUCUCGUAGCCCUGGCGAGCACCGUAACUGCUGGAAGACGUGCAUGUGACUGCCCUGCUGCGUUUAUAACCUCCGUGGACUGGGAAGGUGACAGCAGCAUGGUGGCCAAGGAUUACCCUUAUUACCUCGUCGUGAAGAGGAUGAACUGCUCACUGGAGGUGCAGACAGUUAGCAGAAACAUCCAUCCGGCUAAAGAAGUGGAGGAGCCCUGUAACAAGCGGGUGAAGCCUCUUUCUCGGGUUACAUCGCUGGCCAACCUCAUACCCCCAGUCAAGGCUGCACCUCUGAAGCGGAUCGGACAAACACUGCAGCGUUCCAUCAGCUUCCGCAGUGAGAGUCGGACAGAGUCGGUCAUGCCUCCCAGACCAUGGACGCGGCCGGCCCCGCCUGCCAACACCAAGCGGCGUGACAGCAAGCUGUGGAGCGAGACCUUUGACGUGCGACUUGGACACCAAAUGCUGUCGUCCAAGGAGAUCAAUCGCCAAGAGGCGAUCUUUGAGCUUUCUCGAGGGGAGAAGGAUCUCGUUGAGGAUUUGAAGCUGGCCAAGAAGGCGUACCAUGACCCAAUGCUGAAACUGUCCAUCAUGACAGAACAUGAGCUCAACCAGAUCUUCGGAACCCUGGAAUCUCUCAUUCCGCUGCAUGAAGAUCUGCUGAGUCGACUGCGAGAGGCCAGGAAACCAGACGGCUCCACAGAACAUGUGGGACACAUCCUAGUGGACUGGCUUCCCUGUCUAGACUCCUACAACUCAUACUGCAGUAAUCAGGUGGCAGCCAAGGCUCUGCUGGACCAUAAGAAGCAGGACCACCGGGUGCACGACUUCCUGCAGCGCUGCCUGGAGUCGCCCUUCAGCAGGAAGCUGGACCUGUGGAACUUCCUGGAUAUACCCAGGAGCCGGCUGGUCAAAUACCCCCUGCUGCUCAGGGAGAUCCUCAAACACACGCCUAACGACCAUCCGGACCGCCAACACCUGGAUGAGGCAAUCAACAUGAUCCAGAGCAUCGUGGCAGAGAUCAACACCCAGACGGGCGAGUCAGAGUGUCGUUUCUACAAGGAGCGUCUCCUCUACCUAGAGGGCAGCCAGAGAGACCUGCUCAUUGACAGCUCCCGCAUCCUCAGCUGCCACGGGGAACUGAAGAACAACAGGGGUGCUAAGCUGCACGUGUUCCUGUUCCAGGACGUGCUGGUCAUCACUAGAGCCAUCACCCACAACGAGCAGCUGUACUACCAGCUGUACCGCCAGCCCAUCCCCGUCAGAGAGCUGCAGUGGGAGGACCUGCAGGACGGGGUGAUACGCCUGGGAGGCUCCAUCAGAGGAGCCUUCAGCAACAACGAGAGGACCAAGAACUUCUUCAGAGUGUCGUUUCAUAGCAGUAGCCAGUUCCACUCCCACUCCUUCCAAGCCAGUGAUGCCUUCAACAAACAGCAGUGGCUCAACUGCAUUCGACAGGCCAAAGGAGCUGCUGAGUCGGUCAUGGGGGUAGUGGGGGUGGAAACCAGUAGCAGUGACCCAGAGCCCCCUCCAAGCCUACUCAGCCCUCUGAGCCCUACAACACCUCCCCUCUCAGGACCACUGGCCCCCCAGCCAAAAAGCAUGGACCAUUGCGACAGUGACUCGUCUGUAGACUCUCCAGGCUGUAGCAUGGACAUGGACACAAGCGAGGCGUUGGCCUCCCCCACAGGCUGCCCUGAUGGACCAAACAGACUCUAGUAGUAGCAGGCCAUCAGAAGUGUGACCUUUGGGGUGUCAUGGCCUCUCUGGGUUAGAGAGGCUAGAGGCUAAACCUUGGCAGUAUUGGUGGCAACAUGGCAAUGCUCCCUAUAUACAGGAGGGAAGAAAAACACUGUGGACAUUGGAGCACUUUUUUAUUCUACCCAUUUUUUCAUUUGUUAGUUUUCUUUGUUGCUGAACUUGGACAAAAAAAACUCUCAUUCUCUCUCUUGGGCAUCCUUCUAUGAGGCUGUGGUGUAGUCUGUAGCAGUGACAACCAUGUAACUUAGCUGUGACUGUCAGGUCUACUAUGGAUGUCUACCUGGAGAGGAGAGAAGGCAGACAUGACAGGGACCUCAGGACUGUUUUUUUUUUUUCUUCUCCUGGUCAGACUCUGGGCCUCUAGAGACACUGCCAUCACACGUUAUCCCACUGCAGUACUACUGUGGCCUCCCAGAGCUAAGAGAAUACACUGAUAUUCUCUUUGUGUUGAACUAAAAAUAUAAAUGCAACAUUUAAUGUUCCAUACGCACAAAAAGCUUAUUUCUCUCAACUUUUGUGCAGAUAUGUGUUCACAUCCCUGUUAGUGAGCAUUUCUUCUUUGCAAAGACAAUCCAUCCACCUGAUAGGUGUGGCAUAUCAAGAAGCUGAUUAAACAGCAUGAUCAUUACACAGGUGCACCUUGUGCUGGGGACAAUAAAAGGCCACUCUAAAACUUGCCGUUUUGUCAGACAACACAUUGUCACAAGUUGAGGGAGUGUGCAAUUGGCAUGCUGACUGCAGGGAAUGUCCACCAGAGCUGUUGCCAGCUAAUUAAAUGUCAAUAUCUCUACCAUAAGCCGCCUCCAAUGUUUUAGAAAAUUUGGCAGUACGUCCAACCGGCCUCACAACCGCAGACCAUGUGCAACCACGCCAGCCCAGGACCUCCAUAUCAGGCUUCUUCACCUGCGGGAUCAUCUGAGACAAGCCACCAGGCCUGCUGAUGAAACUGAGGAAUAUUUGUGUCUGUAAUAAACACCAUUUGUGGGGGAAAAACCUGUUCUGAUUGGCUGGGCCUGGCUCCACAGUGGGUGGGCCUAUGCCCAGUCAUGUGACAUCCAUAGAUUAGGGCCUAAUGAAUAUUUCAAUUGGCGGAUUUCCUUAUGUACUGUAACUCAGUAAAAUCGUUAAUUCUUGCAUGUUGCGUUUUAUAUUGUGUGUUGUGUGUGUGUGGAUGUAAGAAUCUAGAGAACAGUGUUUGCAAUACCCAGUCAAAAUGACCAGCAGAAUGUUUUCAAAGACAAUCAAUAUGAUGUUAUUAUUGUAGUACUUGGCAUGGGGUUGCAGGGUGGUUCGUUAAGGACAGGUUACCACAACGCUGUAAAAGAGGUUAAAGGUGUUCACGACAGAAUCUUCCCACAUCUUGGCCAGAAUUGAAAUCUAUGGUGUUCCAUAAGUCAAGAACUGGCAAUUCUAGAACAGAUGCUAAAGUAGAGAGAUUUCCCCUCCCCGUCUUGCCUCUUCGUUAUGUAACCUAGUAUAAACGCAUGUCACUCAGAGGGGAGAGCUGUUAGUGGGGUUUGAUUCAUUUCAUAAUCGAUUGUGUUUAUUUAAAUCUCCUCUAAAGUAAAUUAGUCUGAGUAAGCGCAACAUUAAAUUACUACACGAAUUUCCAAAUUAUGUAGAAAGACCUGAACAGAUUCCAUAGUUGGGCAGUUUGACCACGUCUAUCUCUACUAAAUUCUGCAAGAAGUGGGAAACUUAUUUUACAGCAAGUAAAGAACCCAUCCUGGAGGAAGCAGGAUUUUCUGUGAUGUUAAGAGUCAAUGUCUUAAAGAUACGUUUUGGAUUAAAGCCAGUAUUGAAUUAAUUACUGUUGGUGUGUUUAAUGGUCACGUUUAUCACCCACAAAGUCACUCACUGGUCGCUCCUGUAAAACGCGAAGCAGAGACCUUUAUUGUUUAAAAGAAGUAGUCACUUAUGUAUUUAUACUCUGACCAGUCCUCUGUCACUGGGUGCUCUGUGUUGAACCGACUAACUACUAAAUUGUUGCCAAAACUGCGUGUGUGUCAGGUAAUUCUGACCUUGUGAAAGUUUACUUGUGGGGCCUCAUGUGCGCUCUCAUUUGUAUAGAAAUUCACGCAUUUAAAAGGAAUCGGUUUGACCAAGUAAACACUAAAAUAAAUAUCCCAAAACAGUA